UGUAGUUGAUUGCUAUGGCGAAAUUGUGUUAUUUUGAAGAAGAUGUGUAAAGUAAUGUAAUUUUAUUAGUUUAUUCAAGUGUUAACUUAAUAUAAACGUCUAAAAUGAGUCGUAAAUCACGCUCAUGUCGUAUUUGCCUCGUUGCGAAACCUGAAAGUCGUGUAUCGUUUAAUAUUGAUAGUGAGUGGUUUCGUCUGUUUGAAUAUUGCUUUGGUGUAUCAGCAAGUAUAAAGAAAGGACCUAAAAUACUGUGUGGUCAGUGUUCCAAGAAAUUGAAGGACUAUUCAGAUUUUAAAACAAUUGCUCUGAAAUCGGACGUGCUUUGGAAUAAUAUUGUAUCCAAUAAUGUUAAAGUGAAAAAAGACCGCAUAGAAAACAUAGAAACUAUUGAGAUAAAAAGUGAAGGGUCAUCAAAUCAUGCCGAAGAUACGGAGUAUUUAGAAUGGAAUACCCUUACAAGCAUAGAUGCAGAAUUCAAAGAACAAGACAAUGAGGAAAAAGAAGUCCCAGUAGAAAAUGUUAAAGUAGAAUUAUUAAAAAGUGAAGGAUCAGCGAAUCAUGCCGUAAAUACGGAUUAUAUUAAAUGGAAUACACUUACAGGCACAGAUACUGAAUCAAAACAGCAAAACAAUGCGAAAAAACAAGAAAAGGAAGAAAAAGUUACAGUAGAAGGAGUAUCGCAUCCCACAAAGAAAUCUUGUAAAAAGGAAAGAAAAGAUGGUUUACCAGAAAGUCUCACUCAAAAUCAGUUAAUAAAGAAAUAUUUUGAAAUUGAUAAUUCGAUAAAGGGUCCUUGGAAAACGAAAUAUAUCUGUCUGAAAUGUGGAGAAGAGUACAAGCGUAAGGAUGCUUUACCAACACAUGUACAAAAAUGCUACAAAGCGGAUGUGCAAAUCCGUAAGGAUAGCUCAGAGUCAGACAAAGUGCGUCUUGUACCGAAUACGUUUUAUUGCGGGUUAUGCGACUUUACAUCUUUAGAGGAGCAUGUAGUGACAGAACAUUUGAAUGGUCAUUUUGCAAUCCUGGAUUUGGCCUGUAAAUCGUGUGAAUAUGUAGGCAGAGAUAUCGCUGAUAUGGUUUACCAUAGAUACAAACACAUGCCUCAAGAUUUUAAAUAUAAGUACAUUUGUCCGGCUUGCAAUAAGCCUAGAAUGAACGCUUUAUCCCUGCAAUACCACUACAGGUCUCUGCACUUAAAGAAAGACGGCGGUUGGUGUUCAGUAUGUGGAAAGACUUUCAAGGACUAUAGGUAUUUCAGGAACCAUGAACGGUUGCACAAAGUCGAAAAGUACAUUUGCGACAUAUGUGGAAUGAAGUUCUUAUUCCGGAAUUUAAUAAUAACGCAUUUGAAAGAACAUCUUAAUAUUAGAAACUACAUCUGUGACACUUGUGGCAAGUCUUUUAAGAGGAAUAAUGCGUUAACGGGUCACAUUAGAGCGUUUCACACCGUUAACAAGGCUGUGAUCUGCGAUCAUUGCGGGAAAAAGUACAAGAACCGUUACAAUUUGAGGCUUCACAUGAAGAUGGUGAACAAAGGGAAGAAAUACAUUUGCGAUGUCUGUUCGAAGGGGUACGCGACGUUGAAUUUGUUGGAAAAACACAUGUUCUGGCACACUGGCGAAAAACCGUUUGAGUGCGAAACGUGCGGGCUGAAAUACAAAGCCAAAAGUACUUUAAAAAUUCAUAAAAGGAAGCACGCUGGAUACUUUCCCUACCAAUGCACUUUAUGCGAAAAGGCGUUCAUAAGCUUGAAUCAGCUGAAAGUCCACACGAGCGUUCACACUGGAAUUCGUAGAGUGAAGUGUCUAGUUUGCGAUAAAACGUUCCACGAAAAAAAGCGAAUGUUGGAUCAUUGUCGGUCGAAGCACGAGUCUGUGAUGAUAAAAACAGAAGCACAAACCGUCGUCGCCGCACCGUCUAGCGUGCCGGUGGUCUUGGCAUUGUAGUUUUAUUGCAUUUAUUAUUCAAAUAUUAUAUUAGUUGGUACCUACAAUUUAUAAUUCGUUUUUAUUUUAAUUUGGGGAACAGACUUGUUUCUUUUUAAAGUUUCUUAUUUAAAAUCGGUGUCAAAUUUUAUAACUCAUGCAAAUCAAAUAGAUUCAUUCACCUACCACCCUUGCAAAGUUAUUCGUACGGGUUUUAUUUACGGGACACUCUUUAUAAUUGUAAAAUUUGAUGUAAUUAAUAAAUUACCAUAACUGUA